UGUUGGUGCCUCUCCUCAGACUGUAUCUAUGCGGAAUUAAAGUCCUUCUGUAUCAGAUGUUCAACAGAUCUUUUACGCUACCAGGUGCUCACUAAGUGAAGGCAUCGAAGCGGAUUGCUUACCAAAGGAACCAAUGGAGGGUAAAAGCUCAGGACGUUCGUGCUCUGGCCUCAAUCUAGUCGCACACCCACGAGCCAAAAGCAAAGUCUGGAAAUACUUUGGCUUUGACACAGAUGCAGAUGGCUGCAUAUUGCACUGGAAAAGGAUAUACUGUCGCGUUUGUAUGAGUCAAAUUGCUUACUCCGGAAAUACAUCCAACCUGUCGUACCACCUUGAAAAGAACCAUCCAGUAGAGUUCAGUGAGUUUGUGAAGAGCAACACGGAUCAGAUGCGUGAGGCUUUUGCCACAGCAUUCUCCAGGAUAAAGACUGAGCCUUCAGGUCUCCAUGGUCAGCAACAGUCCCAGGACUCAAACAUAAGGCAGAGCUUAGACUAUGAAAACAGACGUCACAAUGACCUUACAAUAGCUAUCAUCAACUUCAUCUGCGAGGGGCUGUACCCUGUAUCUGUAGUUGAAGAGCAUACCUUUAAGACCUUAAUGAGUACUGUUGACCCUGGGUACUCUCCACCCACCAAAAACGAACUGGCUGUUAAAAUGGUUCCUCAGAUGUAUUGCCGUGCCCGGGACAAGGUCUUUAGCGAUCUUACUGGGGUUGUUAACUGUGGUGUUACUACAGACCUCUGGCAAAGUCAAACCCAGAACAGAACAUACAUUUCACUCUCUAUGCAUUCAGUUAAUUACAAUAGUACAACUGGUUUCUCUAUGACCAACAAGUGCCUCAAAACUUUUGAAGUACAAGAAGAAAACACGGCUGAGAAUAUCACCAGAGCAAUGUAUGAAACCUUUGUUGAGUGGGGGAUAACUCAUAAAGUCAGCGGUGCAACCACAAAUGGUUCAGUAGACAUUGUCAAAGCAUGCUCGCUCCUGGAACUGUCCGUGGAAAUGCCUUGCCUUGGACACACCAUCAAUCACGCAAUGGAUGAAGCCUUCCAGCUGCCGCGGCUCGACAGCUUUUUGGGAUGCUGCCGCAAACUUGUUGAUCAUUUCAAAGAACCUACAAUGUAUCUGCUGAGAGAAAAGCAGAAGCAGCAUGGCCUCACUCAGUGUGAACUCAUCUCAGACAGGGGUAGGUCUUGGUUGGCCACAUUAGCAAUGUUACAAAGACUGAAAGAGCAACAGGUUGCUGUUACUGCAACACUUACAGAGAGUUCCAUCAGCCAUCAUUUCAGCUUUGAUGGCUCUGACUGGACUUUAUUGGAGGGCUUGAUUGAAGUCCUCCAUCCUUUUAAAGUUGUGGCGAAUAUGAUCACUUCUUGCAGGUACCCAGCCAUUAGCAUGGUAAGGCCUGUACUUCAUAUGUUGUUGAACACCAACCUCAAAAUCAAGGAAGGAGAUAUCAAAGAGAUCAGCAUGACCAAAGAGGUCAUCUCCAAGGUCCUAUCAAGCACCUAUUCACAGAAUUUGCCGCUAUCGCAAGAGAUCUCAACAUUCCUCAACAUCGCUACAUUCCUUGAUCCCCGGUACAAGAAGUUACCUUUCCUGUCCACUCAGGAACGCUCCAAAGUUGAGAGCAACGUCAUCGAGGAGGUAAAGGCAAUCCUUGAGAAGCAGAUGUCAGACCAAUCAUGCCUCGAUGAUUUCUCCUUGUUGUCUCAAGAGCCACCUAGUAAAAAACAGGCACCUCUAAGAGGAUCUUCAGCUAGCAGUACAACCCAAGACAACCCUCUUGCUGCCAUAUUUUGCCAGUCUGAUGCAGACCAGAGCCAGGAGGAGCUGCAUGCUCAGGUUGUAGAGGAGCUGAGCAACUAUAAGUCACAGAGGGUUCUAGGUCUGAAUGAAGACCCUUUACUCUGGUGGUCAAGUCAUGCAACCUUGUUCCCCACCCUCCCCAAGGUCCUGCAGAAGUACUGGUGUGUUCCUGCCACAAGUGUACCCUGUCACAGGCUGUUCAGUUCCUCUGGAACUGUUCUGUGUGGGAAGAGGAACUGCAUAGCUCCGGCUCUAGUAGAUCAGCAGGUAUUCUUGUAUGAGAACUCGCGGAGCUACUACGAAGCGGAACCCUGUGAGGAUGAUUUGGACAAUGUUUGGGAAGGAAACUGUACUCUGAGUCAGCCUCUUGAGUGACUGGGCUUAAAAUUGUAUGAAGUCAAACAAUUUUGACAACUUUAUUCUCUGUGCACUGGGGCCUACAUGCAUACCUACCUGCUGAAGCAUUAAAAAAUCAAGGCAUUUCAGUCAGUACUAUGAAAAUGUAAUGGACCUGUUAAUGAUGAUACUAUAAACCACUAAGAGCGUGUACGUAUGUAUGCAUGUACAUGUGCUCUGGAACUUUUACUUUGGACAAAGACAGGCUAGCUGUUUCCCACUUCCCCCAGUCUUAAUGUCACAUCCUGACUCAGGCUCUUAAUCAGGAUGAGUAAAAAAUGGGAGUGGUAUUAAUCGUCUGAUCUCAGUGUCAGGAAAAACAAGGAAAGAGUGUAAAACAAUGCACUUUUUUUCUUCUUUUUUUUGCUAUUGUACAGAUAAGAGUCUCCAUCAUAGUCGUGUUUUCUUUGUCAAAAUAUUUACAGAAAAUGUUCAUUGUAAUAAACAUAACAACAGAUUCUGCCAUAAAAUGUUCCUAUUGGAUCAAACAAAUCUGCAAUAUAGUAACAGUGUAACAGUAAUACUGUGAGUUGUCUCUGUUCUCUCUAUCUCAAUUUUUUU